AUGGGAUUUCCAGCUACUAUCAGAGAAUUAAUUGUUAGAAAGGGACGUCGUAUACAUUAUGGUGACUUUUUGAAAAAUAGAGACGAUGAACCGAAACUUAGGUAUACUAGAUAUACAGAUUUAGGAAAAGAUUGUCAUGGAAAUUCGUUUCCACUGUGUGAAAAAGAUUCUACUAAGUUAAUACAUUAUGUUCCUGAAUAUGCUGAUUAUGAAGAAGAUAUUGAUACGAUUAACAUCAUUGAUAGCGAUAUUAGACUUCUACGAGAAUAUGCAUUUGACGAUGGUCAUUCAAAGAUAAAAACGAAAAAGUUACUACUCAGUUUAUCUGACGGCAAUUUAAUAAUUGAAAAAUAUGCUUUUAAAAAAUUAACAAUACUUGAAUCUUUGGAAGUACGACGAGGUAGAGUACAAUUGAAUGAUCAUAUAUUCCAAGAAUUAGAUUUUUUGAAAUCUUUAAAAUUACGAGUAAAUGAAAAAUUUGUGAAACUUAAUCAAGCCUUGAAGGAUGUACCGAAUUUAGAAAGUUUGGAAAUAUUAGAUAAUGGCACUAUUGGUAUUUGUGACUCAUUCAAUGACGAAUUAAUAUUAUCACAACUUCAGUAUACAGGUGGUAAAAUCGAUAGAAUAUCAGACAAUUCAUUCAAGUGUUUGACACAACUCAAAACCUUAAAAAUCACAGAAACAUAUUUGUCAGUGAUCGAAGCUGAUGCAUUUAACAAUUUGAAUAAAUUAGAAAUGCUCUCAAUAACAAGGAAUCAAUAUCUAAGUUGUAUUCCACCACACAAUAAUGACAUACGGAUGAAUCUGAUAACAUUGGAUUUGAGUAACAACUCAAUAAAAGCAAUUGAUAAAAACUCGUUCAUUAAAAUGGUCGGUACUGAUUGUUUAUUACUUAAUUUGAGCUACAAUGCAUUAGAUGUCCUCAAGAAUAAAUCGUUCGAAUAUUGUCAAACGAUUGAUCUUUCUGCAAACCAAAUGAUUUUUAUAGACGAUGACGUGUUUGAAAAUGCAGUAGCUGAAAAAAUUUUGAUGAACGAAAACUCAAUCAUAGAUUUUGAGGAUUAUGUGCGAUGGGGUGUUCGAAAAAUCAACAUCAUACACUUUGAUAUAAUUCAUCAUGAAAUUGCAGACAAUCACAAUAGCACAUUAGAAUGCAUUAAUCAAAAAUGUUAUUCAAGUGAAAAUAAUAUUUUUGAAAUUUGUAAAAAAUGUAAAACACUUUUAUCAGUUACACUGAAAUCUAUGCCAACUAGACUUUCACCAAAAGUACUUGAAAUUUCAGACAAUAAAUUAUCAUAUAUUGAAAAACAAGCAUUUUCUAAUUUGUUUAUUGAAACUUUAAUCAUAGCAUCAACCAGUCAAAAUUUGACACUCAAUUCUGAAACAUUUGAAGGAUUGUCAACCCUUAAAAAUUUAAUAUUCAAAACGUAUCCAAUUUUAAUUAAAGAAUUUAACAUGAAUACGUUAAAAAAUCUAGAACAUCUUGUAAUAUCAUUGACACUAUUAACUCAGAUAGAAUUGUGCAUCUAUGUAGAAUUUUUAACAAGCUUAAAAAGUAUUAUAGUUAUAGAACAUACUUCAGCUUAUUUUUGCAAUGAUUUGUGUAAAUAUAAAAAUACAAAACUGCAAUAUCUUCAAUAUCAAAAAGGUUCAUUCGAAAAAAUACCAUCAAAGUCAUUCAAAUGUUUGAAUGGACUUAAUACCCUCAUCAUCAAUGACAGCAAUCUCAAAACUUUUGAUACUGGAGCAUUUGAUGGCCUGGAAAAUCUUGAUACCCUCAUACUGGAAAAUAACAAAAUACCUUUAAUCAAUAAAAACACAUUUAGUGGAUUGCUAAAAUUGAAAAAAUUAUCACUAGCUCAUAAUUUGAUAUCAUUUAUAGAUGAUGAUGCAUUUCGAUUACAGAAGAGCAAUUAUUUACCCACCGAUUGUACUUUUCACGAAAAAAAUAAAGAUUUCUGUAAACCUGAAACAUUAUCAGUGUUAGAUUUGAGUUUCAAUAAAUUAAAACAUCUGAGAAAUAAUAUGCUCAAUGAUAUUCGACGAAAAUUUAAUAUAUUUGGUCCCAAAAAUCCGCGAGAAUUUGUAUCUAAUUUAGUACUUGAAUUAUACAUUAACGACGAUUUUUUAUCGAUACAACCAUUCGCAUUCAUGAAUAUGACAGAUAAAAAUCAAGUGAAAACAUUAACAAUUGAUAAACAUUCACGAGGUAAAUUUAUUUUUGAACGAGAAAUAUUUGCUGGUUUAAUAGCUUUAGAAAACCUUGAAUUGAAUGUUGGUCCAGUUAAAGUUAGAGAUCGUUAUUUUGAAAAUUUGCAUAAUCUUAAAUCUUUGAAAAUCGAAGCAAUUGAUGAUGAAUUCUACUUGAUUGAAACAUUGCAGUAUUUAUUUCUUUUAGAAAGUUUGGAAAUUGUUGGGAACGCUUCUGUGGGUAUUUGUAGUAAUCCAUUUGCAGAUAGCAUUCCUCCGAUUACCACACUUUCAUAUACAAGUGGUUCAAUAACUAUAUUACGAAAAAAAUCAUUAACUUGUUUGACAUAUUUGGAAAACUUCAAAAUAAGUGAUACAUUACUUCGGACACUUGAACAAGAUGCAUUUUAUGGACUCUCACAUUUAAAAACAAUUAAUUUGGCCCAUAAUGAACUCAAAUAUAUUCCAAUUAAUGUUUUCAAUCAUAUCCAUACACUGAAUGUGCUUGAACUUAAUUAUAACCACAUUGCUAAAAUUGAUGUAGAUCCAUUGACCUUGGAAAAAAUUUUUCCAAAUGAUCGUUUGUUGUUGUUAGAUUUAAGUAACAAUAAAUUAAAGAACUUGAAUCAAGAACUUGAAGGUCUUAAAUGUAAAGUUCUAGAUCUAUCAGGAAAUUAUAUUCAAUCAAGUUAUAUUUUAAUUCCUAAUUCUUGUAUUCGAAAAAUAAUUAUGAGUAAAAAUAAUAUUAUAUCUGCGUACGAUCAUUGUCAAUCAUAG